GUUUAUAAUCUAUGCUUUCAACGAACUUCAUUAUUCUGUUGUUCCUGAUUAUUUGGAGCAAAUUUGGAAUAGUCUCUUCGUAUUUUUUUUCUACAUUCUACAGCAAUCUAUUAUUUAUACUGCAUCCUUCUGCGGUGUAUCGGAAGAAUGUCUACGAAAUCCUCGGUGGAUUUGCGAGCGGAGCUGGCGGAAUUAGUAAAACGCAAAGCCGAAAUCGCAGAUACAUUAGCCAACUUAGAACGUCAAAUAUAUGCCUUUGAAGGAAGCUAUUUAGAAGAUACGCAAUUGUAUGGAAACAUAAUCAGAGGUUGGGAUAGGUAUUUAGCAAGCAACAAAAAUACUAAUAGUAAAGCAGACAAACGUAACAGAAAAUUUAAAGAGGCUGAGAGAUUAUUUUCUAAAUCAUCAAUUACAUCUAUGGCAGCAGUUAGCGGACUUGUAGAGAAUACACAAGAAAAAAUUGAACGAUACAGUGAAUCGGAAUCUCAAAUUGGAAAUAGCGGAAGCGAGGACAAUUGCAACUUUGGCAAUUCAAAUGCAAUCUCUUCUAGCAAUAAUAAAGAAGCUAGCGGGAAAAAUCAUACUAAUAUACAAAGUGGAUAUGCGCAAAAUAAUGGCACUCUUAACAAUUCGGACAAUGCUUUGAUCCAAUUUACAAAUGGAUCAAUGUCCAAUGGAAAUUUAGAACACAUUACGAUACCUGUGAAAGAGUGUCACAGUAAUAGCAAAGACUCGAAUAAAACUAAAUCUACAAAUAGCGCGAAAAAGAAUAGCAAUAAAAGAUCUAGGAAUAGGUAGAAAUUCUUCUAAUUAUACAUAAUGUAUUAAUGACACGUUCAUUGACUCUUUGUUACAUGGUAUUAAGCGAUACAAGCAUUGCACCUGUCAUUUGACAAGUCUAGAGAUAUUAGCUUUAAGAAUCUUUUCAUUUAUAAUAUAUUCAUUAGGUUCAUAUAUUUGGUGCAUAAUAUCUGACAAUGAAACGUAUUAGGAAAGCGAUUUAGAUAUUCGCUUUUGUAUAUAACAAACAAAACAUUUCCAUUUUAACUUAAACUGUAUUAAGAAUAUGAUUAAGUUAAUACAUUUUAUCUUACGCGUUAAUAAAUUAAUAAAUUUAUAUUACAUGUAUAUGUAUUAAUAAGCAAAUUAGCAUG